AGAACUUAAUCCAAAGCUUACUAUGUAGAUUAACCCUGAUAACUACCGGAGUAGGCCGCCACUACUCGGAAUUGUGCCUGCUACACAACCUACUCCAAGUCUGCACUGAGGACUUUGAAUCAUUAUUUGUAUCCCGUGUGCAUCCAUACUUGUAGGCUAAUAAAGAUGUCCACUGUUGUGUCUUGAUAGGUCUCUCUGGAAGAGGAGGUGAAGAUGACAGCAACCAGACUCCCACCGCGCCAGAGAGUUUCGCAACAAGCGGCCGUCGGGCCAUGUCAUCAGAAGCCUGCAAGCGGAAAGUAUCCGCUUCAAGCGGAGGCUGCAGCCCAAGGCCAGAAAAGCGUGGGCGAGAAUCAUCUUCGACCCCUGUUACGAGCCCUGUCCCAUCCGUCCGAUCCGCACCUGCGAGUGGUGCAAUAACCACCUCUAGGCUGAUGGAACCAUCGGCGGGGCAAGCAGUGAAAGAAUCGGGUACUUUGGGGACAACGAUGAUCUCGAAGUUGCUGAAAUCCAAGAAGCUGCCCAGCAAGAAGCGAACCCACAAAGGGGCCGACCUCGGCCUGGGUGUGUCUGAGCAGACUCACUCUGCCUCCGUCCCCGGGCCUAACCCUUCUGAAGUCAUACCUCCACGGGUCUCGCUAAUUUACGGUUGACCGUAGAGAGGGGCUCCCUACGGUCGAUCUCCUGAUCAUUUUUUUUUAGUAAUUUUUUUGUCGUUUUCCGAUUUUGGAAAAA